AUCUCCUUUCUACCUUCUAACAGUGCAUUCCGAGUCUAAAGAUGUCCACUCCCAAACCCGAGCCCGGUUUCACAGCAGCUCGUUCGACGUUUAAAACCUCAAACAACCCUCACGCUGCGGCCUGGCCUUUCCCUCAAGAUGAUGAAGAACCGCUCUCUAUCUCACCCAUGGCGCCGAAUAGCAACGUCUGGGCUGUGAAAAUACCUCGGUUCUUAUUGGAACGAUGGGAGCAAGUCCGAGAGGAUGGUAUUUGUCUGGGUAGCUUGGUGGUGGAUAGCAAUUAUAAUCCCCCAAGAGUGACACUCCGUCUGCCCGAAACUGAUCCAGCCAUUCAAGAGACCAACAUCGCACCUAUCCCCGAUUUGUACGAUGUCAACAUCCCUGUAGAACGUUCGAGGAAUACGUGGGCGUUCAGUGAGACGUUGAGACAAUAUGGGAGUGGGAGUGGUGGGAAUGGUUCGUCAGAAAGUGGUCAUGCGGCAGGGAAGAAGAGACGGCAUCGAGCUUACCCUCGUUUGAUAGCUCGCGUCCAGCAUGAAGUCACGGUGAACCCUACGAGGAACGAGAAAUAUCUCAAGAUCUUGGCCCAGAGGAGGUUGGAGACUGAGCAGAGUCGACGCCCCAUCGUCCACGUAACGGAAGAAAACGCAACUCAAGCAGAGAUGAACCAAUUGGCUUCUGGUUAUCAAAAUCUUGCCAGUGGGUUUGGAAAAGGUUUGGUAAACCGUCCGGCUCAAAAAGACAAGUACGUCCGCACCACCCAUUCAGAUCUGACCAACCGUCUGUUCGCAUUAUUCAAAGACCGUCCUUAUUGGGGUAUACGAGCUCUACGUGUGACUCUGGAACAACCAGACGCUUUCAUACGUGAAGUAUUGGAAGAAAUAGCGGAAGUGGUGAAAGAUGGUCAAUAUGCAGGUUUGUAUACUUUGAAAGAUGUUUGGAAAGAGGGUACGGGUAAAGAAGAAAUGUUGGAUGAUGAUGAUGAUGUUGAUGAUGUUGAUGUUGAUAUGGAUGGUAUGGAAGAUGAAGAUUUUGAAGAGGUUGUAUAAAAAUAAUAAGAAUAAAAUAAAAAUAUAUACAUGGUGUAUCAUGUUGUACUGGU